CGAUCGGCUCCAUUUUUCGCUGAUGCUGGCGCCGCCUGCCGCUGUCAAGUCGAACUUUGCCUGACUGCGAGCGUCAUCUCAUCCGCCGUCGCGGUCUUUCGGGACGUCAUUGCUGAGACGUCAGCGCAAAAGGGUCACCGCGUCACCGCGAGGCCACAGUCAUGAUCUCAUCGCUGAUGAAUCUCGGCUUGAGCUUCGCGCUGACAUUACUCUUGGCACCGCUUCUACUUGCCGCGUAUGUAGUGGCGUCGUGGAUGAGAAGAUGCUGGAUACGCUUCGUCAAGUGGAAGUAUCCGAAUUAUGUCGUCGUCGAGGAGAUCACCAUCCGCAGCAUCCUGGACCAGGGACGGAAUCACGGGAUGUGCACGCUCCUCGUGCAAGGACGCUCGAUCGUGGAGGGUGUGAGGGGUCACCUGGCGUGUCUCACUGCCACAAGACGGUUCCUGAAAUCGUCUUUGUUCACGCGAUGGGGCGUGUACGUCUGGAAGGAGUUCGACUACUUCUCCGUCGACAACCACUUGGUAGAUCCGCCGUGCUCCUUCCGCGGUCGUCCCAUCAACGAGAGCAACAUACAGGAUUACAUAAGCGACGUGACGUCCAAGUUCCUGCCGAGUCAAUUGCCGCCGUGGCAAGUGCACGUGGUGGAUUACUUCAUGCGCGGGGAGGAAUAUCAGAUAUGCCUCGUGCGUGCGCAUCACUUGCUUCUGCGGCAAGAGCACCUGACCCUGGCGGACUUCCUGCCGCUCAAGUACUCGACGGAUAAUUGGACGUGUCAAAAGAGCGACUCGCCCUUUGUGAACUUGUACGCCGAACCGUCCGCCUUGCCGCGCCUGCAACAGAUGCUCAUCGAGAGUUUCAGCAACUACUGGAACGACUUCCUUUACAAUAACGAUCCCAUCGAGCGACCAGAGAUUCUGAAGAAGGGCAUAGGCGUCUUCCAGUGCGCCAAGAUCGCGGUGAUAGUGCUGGUCUGCACGUUUAAGGAACUGGCCAGACAGUACCGAAGAUCCGAAGGCCUAAAACUUCUGGAACUCCUGUCGAUCGUCCGGCGCGAGUCAAGCAAGAGGAGUUUCAAUCUUCGGCUAAUAUUCGACUCCGUUCUAAGGUCCCUCAAUCCGAUCGAGAUCAUCUAUUUCUGCAUCUCUCUGUUCUGGUACAUCACGAUCACGUCGCUGCUGAAGACGCCGCUUCUGCUCAUUCGGGAAUUGCGAGCCUUGAAGUCGCGGCACAAGCAUUACUAUCCAGACACCCUGACGUACAUGCUGUCAUGCUACUUUCCCCUGACGUUUCAAGCUCUGCGAGAAGCAAUAUCCAUCAGCUGGAUCGUCCUGACGGCGCCCAAGGUCAUCAUUGAAGAGCUGUUCCUGAAACAUCCGCAGUCGAAUCAGCUGCAGACUAUCUCGCCGUGCGGCAGGAAGGUGGUAGCCUGGUCAGACGAGGUGGAUAUCGAGCUCGUCCGCAAGAUCUCAGGUGUGUCCGGCGCGACGGAAACGGAGGUCCUAUUGGCGGCUACUGUGGACGCCCUAAAGGAAUAUUUCAGAUACUCGAGCGUCAGCAUGCCAGACGACGUACUCACGACCGUGAAGUAUGUGAGUCAGCGGGCGGUGUUCCUCAGGAAUCACGAGGCCCACGGUAUCUUCUGUCUUGCGUUGCCCACCCGGACACCGCUGUUCCAUGACGAUCUCAUCGAGAUACUGCAGAUUAUUCAAAAGAACGUUCAGGAAGCUAGAGCCAGGCAAAGAGCGAUCUAUGCCAUCACGGCGGCGGAGACUUCCUGUGGUGUGAUCUCCUCCUGCAUACCGUCCAUCAUACUGAAAGUGCUUUUGAAUCAGUUAUCGAAGAGGUAUUCCCUGUGUUUGACGCACGUAGAUGGAGAUCUGCCCGUGGAAGGCGUGGACGCGGUGAUUUACUGGCGACCACCGCAAGGAAACUGCAACAUGUCUAUGACACUGCACAGGCGUGGGAACGAGGUACGCCUCGGUAUAAUGGGGGACGCGUUAAUCGGCCCGCAGCACUUCAUCAUCGCGAGGACCUUCCCGAAAAGUAUACGGAACCUCGCGAGCAUUCUAGGAGUGCCGGGCGCGCCGAGCCGAAGCCCGAGUCCGAAUCCAUUGAAUCCAACAACGUCGCCGGGAUACUAACACGAUAAUCCGUGCCUAUCGCAAGAACCAAUGGGGAACAAUCUCAGGCUUCUUCAUUUUCAAUUUUUCUCCCUUCGCUUUCCCGACAGUAACUGAUCAAUCUUGAGUCGAUGUGUGAUACUUGAUAGCUUUAUAUUUCUCUCAAAAGGGAUACAUAUAGUUGUAUGCUCGGCAAACGGGAUUGACGGCGUUAGGCCACUCCUUUUAAAUAACGAUUCUACGUUCUUAUACAUCCUUAUGUCACAUAAGAACUUACGUCACCUAGUUCUUUAGACAAGUACCUGAAUAAUAUUGAAGUUUGAAAUUAGACACACUCGCGUCGUAGAAUGGGACGCGUUUACAUCUUCAUACUAUCGUAUAACUGAUAUUUAACGCUACGGUCGUAUCACUAUACGACUGUAGUAACGAUUGAAUAAUUAAAUUAAACCGAACUAGAUAAUUCAACAAUUUCUGACUGACAUGUUCCUUGUAAAAUUGCACGUUUCAUCAAAAACGCUUACACACUUUUUUUCUAGUAAAUGUUAAUAUAUAUUAUUAACGUAACAUAUUUAAUUAACUACUUAUCUAAUCUUUGGAUUGAUAACGUCAACGCCAAUUCAAAGUGGAAACAUUUUUGACAAAGAAUUAUCACAAAUAAACAAUGUGCAUAAGAACAAUCAUUUAUAAUAUCUACGGCGGAGAUGUUACGUUGGAUCGCUUAAUACUUAAAAUAUUUCAUUGUAAGCUUCUGUUUAUACAUCGUUGACGUUGAUUCGCUAGUAAAACGUAUAGAUGUAUACAUUUUAAUCUCUCGUGGAAAUAAAUUUUUCCAACGCGAAAUUUCUCGUGAUAAAAUAUAUUUUUCAACUAUUUAAUCCUGCUUUAUAAUAAGGCCCUUUGUGCUAACAGGGAAUUCUAAUUUCAUUACUACUUUCGUUCAAUUCAAUUCAAUUAAAAUUAAAUCUGCCAUAUGCGAAUCUGUUGCAUAUGGCAGAUAUUCGCAAAAAGCGCACUUUAAGUAGAAAGAAAUUUCUAUGUAUAUAUCAAUGUUCUACGUUAACUUCUUUCCUCAUUUAAGCAGAGGACUAUCAGAGGCACAAACAACUUAAGUGCAAAGGAAAUAUUCUAAACAGUACGCUGAUGCGUAUAAGACACUUUUGCUUUUUUUUUAAAUACGACACUCGAAAAUUUUGUUACACGGCGGCUAUCGCAUUGCUCAUUUGACGUUAGUACGGAUGUGAGAUUCAUACGUUAGAUCAAAAUUUUCCUGAGUAGAUGAAUAACGGUUCUAUUCUAACUUCGACAUCAAUACUUGCGCGUGUUUAAUCCAUUAAAGACCAUUUAUGUAAUAAAGAUUUUUU